CUUGGUGGAUACUCUCCUCUCCCACUCCAAGUCCAGCAUGUAAAGCACGUGCAGCACGCCUCCCAGGUGCUAGGGUUUUUGUCAAUAGCUUUUUGGUCCCGCUUGCAGACGUCCUUGUAGUGGAGAUGUGGCCUACCAGUUGUUCUCUUGCCUGAUUCAAGCUCUCCGUAUUGGACGUCUUUGUGGAUACGACUGUUGUCCACCCGACACACAUAGCUCGGCCAUCUAAGACGACGCUGACGGAGAAAAUGGCCAUGCUGGGGAUGGUUGCACCCUCCAGCACAUUGUAAUUCGUCAUAUGGUCGCUCCAUGAGAAUGAUUAAAAGCACGCGUCGGAGACAGCGCAUAUAGAAGUCACCUUGCCUUUUCUCUAGGGAUACGUAAAAGGCUUGUCAGGAUGAACUCUUCGCAUACCUUUGCGAAUCUGUUCAACACGAAUCGGCCAAACAGUCUAUGCAGUUCUGUGUCGGUGUGGGUGACCAGAGCAGUGUCAUGUGCAAACAGUUUGCCCCCGAUCAUCACCUUCCGUACAUUGCUCUUUUCCUUCACUCGAGCCAUGUUGAACAGACUGCUGUCAUACCAGACGUGCAUGUAAGCACUUUCAGUUGAUAUUCCAAAGGCACGCCUCAGAAAGACAGCAAAAACAAUGCCGAAAAGAGUGGUAGCGAGGACGCAGCCCUGUUUUACGCCGCUGCGGAUGUCUGACGUAGCGCCGCCAUACUGCACAGCCUUUCAUGCUGUCGUGGAAUCGUCGUGAAUCACGCUCAGGAGACUCGUCGGCCAGCCAAUAUUUGCCAGGACGGUGACUACGCCAUCCCUGCUUACAAGGUCAAUUCUAUGAUGGACAGGAAGAGGAUCUUGUGUUUCCCUCUGCACUGUUCUUGCAGUUGCUUGAUGGAGAAGAUCAUAUCUAGACUAUAGACUAUAUUAGCAAGCUUCUGUAUUAUGUUUAGAGCGACACGUGAAUUCUGUGUUAUGUUUAGAGCGACACGUGAAAACUGAAAAGACUUAAAAACAAUAAUACUCAGAGGGGAUAUCACAUAUGUAGUUGUUGCAGCCGCUUUUGUCGCCCCUUUUUAUUGUACAGGGUGAUGGUCAUCUCGCGGGAAUAUAAUAUAUAUCGUGAUCGUACUAAAUAUAGCCUGAGUGGGUACCGGUAAAAGACAGGUUGAAGGUACCUUUUUCGGACUGAGGCUCUUUAGGGGAAUGAGGAUUUGGGUAAUGAAGGGAAGCUAUAAAUUCAUAGUCAUGCGAUUGUUCGGCUUUAGGGGACCCAGAUUGAUAAUCAAAUAAUAAUUCUGCAUUAAAAAAAAAAGGGCUUCAUUGAUGACGGAGAAAACGACCAAGUCAUUUUGUUAGUGCUUCAUAGUCCCCAGUGUUUAUUGGAAAAGCUACAAAAUUAGUAAUAAUUGUAACUGUGUGACUUUUCCCGCGCGUUCGCUUCUCCUUGAUAUCCAAAUAUCCGUCAUGCACUAUUAAUUCAGUAUUCACUAAUGAGUUACGUUUUUGAUUCUGAUAGAUAACUGCAUGUAUAAAUGUCCUUUUAAUGUGUUUUAGUUUAAACCUAUUAUUUUAGCUCGAUUGCAUCGAAAGCCUAAGGCUUAUUUAAACGCUCUCGAGUAAUGUGUUUUGCAAUUUGUGGUGAACAUUGCAAUCACAAAAUAGGCCUUUGAAGGUGUUGAUAAUCAUCAAAUCAUAGUGAAGAAGAGACAGUAAUUUUUCAACAGCUGUGUCAAAUAUCGAUGACAGCCAGAAUAUAUAAUCAAGUAAAGAUGCGGGUUCGACGUAUACGGAGAAACAAAGGAAAUUAUGGAUUCAACAACAACGCUUGCAAGAAAUGUGACAUCGGGAAACGUUACAGAACAGGAGACGUUCAACACGACGUCACCAAAUAUGACCGAAUGGAGUUUUCCGGUCGGUUACUAUGGAAAUACAAGGGCGCUGCUCUGGAGGGUUAUCCCGCCGAUUAUUAUGACCGUUGGAACGAUCGGAAAUACGAUGACUGUUCUCGUACUGCUUCAUCAACAAAAAAUGACGUCAACGGCACUAUUUUUGUUUGCUCUGGCGAUUUCAGAUACGCUAACGCUGUUCAGUGGACUUCUGACUGGCUGGGUGAUGUUUACCUGGGACCUUGACAUCCGGUUACUGAGUAACCCCGGAUGUAAAACGUUAGUCUACAUGACCUACUGUAGCAUCCACCUCUCCACGUGGCUUAUCGUGGCUGUAACGCUCGAAAGAACAGCAUGCGUGCUCUUCCCGCACAAAGUGAGACUGGGCUGCUCCCACGAAACGCUUGGCUGAUCAUUGUCACAAUUGUGAUAGCCGUGUUCGGAAUUAAUAUAAUAUUGCCCGUGAUAGUUGAUCUUAAUGGAUACGAAGGCAAGAAGUGCGCUCCCUCCAUCGAUAGUGAUGAACGUUUACCAAUGGAUCGACUUCACGUUGUCUUUUGGCGCUCCGUUCCCUCUGCUGCUCAUUGGCAACGUCGUCAUCGUAGUGCAGCUCGCGCGCUCCCGUUCAAGAAAUAAGCGGAUGAACAUUUCCGGUCAGGCGCGCGACACGCGUCCUUUGUCGAUGCUCAUAAUUGCGCUGUGUGUGGUGUUCUUCCUCACGAUGACACCGUGGGCCAUCAUGGUUGUGUCCUACCCCUACCUUAUGGAGACGAUUUUGGCACUCAAGCACGUGGAUCCGUACACGGCUUGGUACGACUACGAGUACUUGUUGUUCCAGCAAACCGUUGUCGAACUGGUCUGCUACUUCAACUCCACAUUUAACUUUGUCUUCUACGUGUUCAGCGGCACGAAAUUCCGGACAGAGCUGAAGAGGAUGGGUUGUUGUCAGGCAAGAAAAGGCACCAGCCUGUUUAUCACCACCACCAGCAAAUCGCUGACGAAUACAGUUAUCAAUACAAAUAUUUAACAAAAUUUAUCAUUUUCAAACAAUUGUAUGCUUGCUCUGAUUUCGGAUAUAGAUCAUUCAUAUUGAACGUCAAUUUUAUA